GCUGGACUGAAGUUUGCAAGAGAACGGGAAAAUAAACUGGCAUCAUCAUCAUCAUCAUCAUCAUCAUCAUCAUCAUGGACAGAGAAACUGGCUUCAGUCACAUAAACAGCCUUUCACAGCAUCAGGACACAGAGUUGUUCUCGUCUGAGGAGGACAGCAGUCUCUACUUCACCUACAGCGGCGGGUGCAACGAGCUGGAAGUCAACAACCUGCAUUAUGAGGUGGACACGGCGGCUCAGAUCCCCUGGUACGAGAGGCUGUCAGAGUUUAAACUCCCCUGGGAGAUAAGCGGAAACAAGCAGAAAGCCAUCAACAACCUGAGCCUGCGAGUCCACAGCGGACAGAUGCUGGCAAUCAUUGGCAGCUCAGGCUGCGGUAAGACAUCUCUGCUGGAUAUCAUAACUUGUCGGGAUGAAGGAGGCGCGAUGACGUCCGGUCAGGUUCUGAUCAACGGGAAGCCCAACACCCCACAGCUAGUGAAGAAAAACAUCGCCCACGUCCGCCAAGACGACCGCCUUCUCCCUCACCUCUCUGUCCGCGAGACCCUCAGCUUUGUGGCCCAGCUGAGACUGCCCACCUACUUCACGCAAGCUCAGAGAGACAAAAGGGUGGAUGAUGUCAUUGCUGAGCUGCGACUGCGUCAGUGCGCACACACCAGGGUGGGGAACGACUACGUGCGGGGGGUUUCUGGAGGAGAGAGAAGAAGAGUCAGCAUCGCUGUACAGCUUCUCUGGAACCCUGGUAUUUUAAUCCUGGAUGAGCCCACCUCAGGUCUGGACAGCUUCACCGCCCACAACCUGGUCAUCACCCUGUCCCGCCUCGCUAAAGGGAACCGUUUAGUCCUGCUGUCAGUCCACCAGCCUCGAUCGGACAUCUUCCAGCUCUUCGACCUGGUCGUGCUGCUUUCUUCAGGCUCAGCCGUUUACUGUGGUGCAGCUCGAGACAUGGUGCCUUACUUCACGGCUCUGGGGUACCCCUGCCCACGAUACUGUAACCCCUCUGACUUCUAUGUUGAUCUGAUCAGUAUAGACCGACGCAAUCCAGAGCGAGAGGCCGAGAGUUUGGAGCAAGCCAGACUUCUUUCUGAGCAGUUCAAAGAGAAGGUCCAAGACACCGACGACCACAUGUGGAAACCACCGGAAACCAGCGCAGCACAAACUGACCGUCUCCAGCAGCCAGGCGACAGCAGAGAGGAACUCAUCACCGUUUCCAAGGAAAAAAACAAGCUGCCUGGUAAACUGAGCCAGUUUACGAUUCUCAUCAGGCGUCACAUGUACAAUGACUUCAGAGACCUGGUCACCUUGUUGGUCCACGGCUUCGAGGCCCUCCUCAUGUCACUGCUGGUCGGUUGUUUGUACUUCGGGGUUGGAGAAGAGCGUCUGAACAUCCAGGACACCGUGGCCCUCCUCUACAUGAUUGGAGCUCUCACCCCGUUUGCUGUGGUGCUGGACGUCAUAGCUAAAUGUCACACGGAGAGGGCCAUGCUCUACCAUGAACUGGAGGAUGGCAUGUACUCCGUCACCUCUUACUUCUUUGCAAAGGUCUUGGGGGAGCUCCCAGAACACUGUGCAUUCACUUUGGUCUACGGUCUGCCCAUCUACUGGUUAGCAGGGCUGAACGAGGACCCGGGCCGCUUCCUGCUCAACUUCCUGCUGGUGUGGCUGAUGGUGUACUGCAGCCGGAGCAUGGCUCUGUUCGUGGCCGCCGCGCUGCCCACCCUGCAGAUCUCUGCCUUCACAGGCAACUCUCUGUUCACAGUCUUCUAUUUGACCGGAGGGUUUGUCAUCAGCCUGGAGAACAUGUGGCUCGUGGCCUCGUGGCUCUCCUACGCCUCGUUCAUGCGUUGGGGCUUUGAGGGGAUGCUGCAGGUCCAGUUCAGGGGCAACAAAUACCCUGUCACAAUAGGGAACAUCACAUUCAAUGUUGACGGCAUACAUGUGGUGGAAGCCAUGAAGAUGAACCAGUACCCUCUGUUCUCCUGCUACCUGGUCCUGCUGGCCAUCUGUCUGGGCUUCAUCUUGCUCUAUUAUCUGUGCCUCAAAUUUAUCAAACAGAAGUCCAGUCAGGACUGGUGAAGAACACCAAACGAUUAGAGAUCACACUUUUUCCUCCUGUGUUUUUACUCGUCAGAAAGUGUAUUUGUAAAAGUUCUUGUUCGACUGGUUCGACUCAGUUAUGAAUUAUUUUUCUGUUUGUUUUAUUUUGAAAUAAAUCAGGGGGAAAAAAGUAAAAUGACUUUUUAAACAAUUUAAACAUCAGAAACUUGAUGUUUUAUUAAACGAGCAUCUUGAAUCUCAGAAAGGAAUUUGGGAAAUGAAUGAUAUAUAUAUAUUUUAAAAGCUCUGACUUUAUGAAUUGAAAUAAAAAGCCUGGUCUCUGUGCUCCUGUCUGCUGCUGGGUGGCAGCAAAGCACUGCUGUCAGGUUCUGAUGAUUCUUUUCUGUCAUGGUUAAUGAUUAGAGCUCUACUUUGGCAGAUAUCCAUCUGCAGCUUUUGCUUGUUCCAUUUUCAGUCUUUUUUUUUUCAAGCAGCUUUAUCUUUUCUUUUAUAUGGAAGAUUAUUAAGCUUACUGUAACCAUGUGUGUCAGAGUGUAGAGCACUAAAAAGAAAAGCCUGGUACAGAUUUAGUAAGUCACACUUGAUAAAGAAAAAACUUGAACUUCUUGUGUCCUCAGGUUGAAGAUGGUGUAAAGCUGGUUUUUGCACUGGUGCAAAGGCCGGUUAAAUGUUUUAUCUGUUUAAGUCCAAAUUAGUAAAGUAUUAAAUCAAAUGACGUGACCCAAGCUUGUAUUUUUGACUAUUUUUGGUGAUGUUAGUAUUGUCAUUAUCCUUCCUAUUUUAAAAAUAAUUAUAUGCAGGGCUCCUUAAACUUCUUUGGUACAAUAUAAAAUAAAUAAAUAAUCAA